GCCAUCCGACCUAGUCGACGCCACUCUGAUGCCGGCCGGAUUCGUGCACAUCAGCAGUCGGUGAAACGUGAACUUUUCUUCGGGCAUGUGACCAUCAAGAGAUGUCGCACUUGGUGCUAGUUCUUGUGCUUGCGGCAGCAGUACGGACGGGCGCGUGUCCCGACAUGUGCACGUGCACGCGGCAUCCUCUGCAACCCGAUCAGACUUCCGUACUGUGCGAAGGUUUCCCGGAGAACGUCACCCAAUUAGACCGAGCGACAUAUGAUCUGACACUGGCUAAUCUCGACGAGGAGGAAUUAGGAGCCAUUAUCGAGAGUCUAGCGGAAAUUAAGCUGCCAUAUCUCGACCGGUUAACAAUCGAGAGGAGCGUGGUUCCGGAUUUAAUGAAUCUGACUUUUGGUGACUUUGUGGACUUGCGUUAUGUUAAACUUUCGGGGAAUAAGAUCGCUAGUUUGGCGCAGUUGAACGGAACGAGCCUACGACUGUUGGAUUUGUCCGACAAUGAAGUAGUGACCGUGGAGGAGGCGUUCAGGACAAUGCGUAACCUCGAGACGCUCAAUCUAAGUGCGAACUCUUUAACAGUGAUCGAUUCGGACAGUUUUCGUGGACUUGUCUCCUUAAAGUGUUUAGAUUUAUCUAGUAACAAUUUAACGACCCUCGAAGACGAGGUUUUCACACCACUACAAUCGUUACAGUAUCUUAACUUGAGCAGCAACCAAAUUGAAGUUCUCAAUGAGAAGUGUUUCAUCAGUUUAGUGAAACUGCAACAACUUGACGUGUCUUUCAAUCGCUUGGUUCGUGUGGAACUAGGUAGUCUUCAACUUCCGAGUUUAGCACGUUUACUGUUGGCCGGAAAUUCGCGACUGGGUACAUCACGCGAACCAGUUCUUCUUGUGGGAACAGGACAACGUCUCCAGACAGUCGAUGCUUCCAAUAUCGGACUCGAACAGGUACCUGCUGCUCUAACCCACUCAAUUCGCACCCUGCGCCUCGUGGGAAACUCUAUCAAAACGGUACGUUGUGGCGACCUUGAUUCCUAUCCUCUGCUGCAACUUCUCGAUUUCGAUUCGAACGGGCUAGAAUUGAUUGAGGACGACGCUCUAGGCCGCCUCGACUCCCUUUCCAUCCUCUAUCUCACGAACAAUAACAUGACGGAAAUUCCAAAGAGCCUCUCGGAAAAACUCAAAGUGCUCCAUUUGGAACACAACCGAAUCCAACAAGUGCGAAGUAAGGACAUGCAAGGCCUGACCGCGUUAGAAGUCCUCCUUCUCAACGACAAUAAAAUUCGGCUCAUCGAAGCGGACGCCUUCAACCAGCUGACGUCUCUUGUCACCCUAGACAUCUCUCGUAACCCAAUCAAGGUCCUCGAAGCCGGGUGUUUAUCGGGAUCGAUGGCCCUCCAAGUCCUCCGGUUAGCGAACAUCGCAGUAAUCGCACCUCCAAAAGAAGUGUCAUUUCCCUUGUCCUCCACUGAGCACCUGAUCACGUUAGACCUCUCCGGCAGCCCGGGCUUAGCUCGUCAGCUUCUUGUCGACACUGCCGCUCUCGCCGCCUCCAGACAACUCCAAGAACUCGACUUAUCCUUCACGGGAUUGGACUACAUUCGCUCCGAUCUGCUACAUUUUCUCCCACAGCUCCGAAUCUUCCACAUUCAAGGCAACCGAAUCAACUGUACUCAGCUCGAAUGGCUGGCAACUUGGAUGCGGAGACAGGACGAACCGGAAUAUCGUAAAAUAACGUGCGCUAGCCCUCCGGAACUGUGGGGAACCCUACUGGUCGAUCUACAAGACACGCCGUUAUCGUCCAUCACCACGGAAGUCCCCACAAGCAAAAGAACCGAAGAAAGCGUCGACUUCAAAUUGGUGGAAAAUUUCUUCGCUCCGUUCGACGUCAACGAGACUUGGAGCGUCGAGACGACAGUUUCAUCGGUUUUAACGAAUGCAAAUGAGAGCGCCAGAGCUGAGAUUUCCCGGGAUUUAGCGGGUGGCUCGAAGGAGGCGACUUUUAACGCAUAUAAUAAGUCAGAGGAGUUGUUCCCAGAGGUGCAGUCGGUCACGUCGGACGUAGACGUUAAUUCGAAUUCUUCGCAUGAACGCGGAGAAAUGUCCAUGUUCAGCGCUGGGGAGCGGGAGCGGGUACACCCGGGGAUGCUCGUCCUCGCGGCAGCGAUGCUGGGGACGGCCGUAGCGCUGACGAUGCUGGCCGUCAGAUUUUCGAGGAGGAGGAGGGCGGCGCUGAGGCUACGUCAGGAAGAAGAUGUCGUCGAAGUGAGCAGUCUGCCCGGAGUGACGGAACUGUGGUGACAUCUGAGGCAGGUGGACGAGGAGCGAACGGUUCUCUAUGAAACUACCUUAACUUAAGCGAUUGUAAGUGCUUGUGAUAAAAGUGAAUUAUACUUUUGUAUGACUGAGCCAUUUUUUUACUUAAGAAUUGUAAGAUAUUAAAUAUUUUAGAGAGAUAAUUAUAACGGGACGAUAUUUCCAAAUUCGUGGCAUUAAAUUACUGUGUGAUAUAUUUUAAGUCAGUCGAUAAUGACGAUUAUUUUAGUAAAAAGAUGUUGCGUUUAUGGUGUGUUGUUUAUUUUGUAAAUUGAAUUGUAUAAUUUAUGAGUUUUUUCCAGAUGUGAUGUCCCGGCAGAAUAUAGUUUUUGCUACUAAUUGUACAUAUUUGUCAUAAUAAUUAUAUUUAUAUUUAAUUACCAAUUUGUUCUGUGUAUUGUGAUAGUCCCAUAAAUUUAAGAAGAAAAUAUAGACGUAUUUAAAGUAA